AUCACCACUCCACACCCACAUUUUCUUCAUCAUCAGCCUCUCAAUUUUUCUUCAAAGAUCCAAACUUUUUUCAAUUUCAAGACAACCCAAAAAGAAAUGGCCAUCAGAAAAUCAAGCAAACUGUCUCAAAAGGCAGUAUUGAAGCAAAUCCUCAAGAGAUGUUCAAGCUUAGGCAAGAAAAAUGGGUAUGAUGAUGAUGAUGGACUCCCUCUUGAUGUCCCAAAAGGUCAUUUUGCUGUCUAUGUUGGUGAAAACAGAAGCAGAUACAUUGUGCCAAUCUCAUUCUUGAAUCAUCCAGAGUUCCAAUGUCUUCUAAGAAGAGCAGAGGAAGAGUUUGGGUUUGAUCAUGAGAUGGGUAUCACCAUUCCUUGUGAAGAAGAAGUCUUUCGAUCCCUAACAUCCAUGCUUGGAUGAUUUAAGGAUUGAGAUUUGAGAGUGGAUUAUCAAAUUGAAUUGAUGAAGAAGAAGAAGAAGAUGGUACUCAAGAUGAAGCUGGUCUCUAUAGCUUUUGUCUUUUUUUUUUCUCAUCUCUUCUUCAUUAAUCAUCAAUGUGAUUAUUGUAUUCUCUCUUUUGAAGACCCAGUUGGGUUUUUAGUGCUUAAGCAUCACUAACUUGUGAACCCAUAAAGGAAAUUUGUGUUUUAUGGGGGGUUACAGCUAGAUCUGUAUAAAAAAAAGCUUGGUUUUCCUCAUAGAGAAUGAAGCCACUAUGAGAGAUUAAUUUCAUCUUUAACAAAUCUUUCCAUUAAUCUUU